ACGAUCCGAUGGAAAUAAUCGUUGGUGCCGUGUGCAGGUGAAACGUUUAAAUACAGAGGUGGAAGUAGCAAUAAGACAAGUCUUCUCUCGUAAUCACAUAGGGAGAGGCACUAUGUGGAAGUUAAUUUUCGUCGCUUUGGUCGCUUUGGCGACAGCCGAGAAAGUAAAGUACGACAACUACCAGGUGUUCCGUGUUACACCUCAGACAGAAGAACAGGUCGAAGUCAUCCGCAACUUGGAAGAAAUUUCUGAUGGAUUCUCUUUCUGGAAAGAGCCAAACACUGUGCAAAAUCACGCGGACGUGAUGGUUGCUCCCCACAAAAUCCCGGACUUCCAGGACAUAAUGAAGAAGUUCGACAUCCCCUAUGACACCUACGUCAGCGACGUUCAAGCUUUAAUCGACAAUGAAUUACCACCGGCCCAACCUUUAGUCUCGUUCGACUUCACCCGCUAUCAUACUCUCGACGAGAUCUACGCCUUCUUGGAUUCACUUGCCAAGGAAAAUCCCGGCAAAGUGCAAGUGAUCGUCGGUGGAAAAACACACGAGGGUCGUCAGAUCAAAGGAGUGAAAUUGACCUUAGGCAGCAGCAAAAGUGGAAUCGUCUUGGAGGGUGGAAUUCAUGCUAGAGAAUGGAUCUCUCCGGCUUCCAUUCUUUACAUAGUGAACGAGCUUCUACAGAACAAGAACGCUGAUGUCAGACAACUCGCCGAGUCUCACGAGUGGUACAUCUUCCCUGUCGUCAACCCUGACGGAUAUGUGUACACUCACACCACGAACCGUUUGUGGAGAAAGACUCGCAAACCAUACGGUUUGUGCUAUGGAAGUGAUCCUAACAGGAAUUGGGGAUACAAAUGGAUGUCUGGUGGUGCUAGCAACAACCCAUGCUCUGAAACUUACGGCGGAAGUUCCGCGUUCUCUGAUGUUGAAACGAAGAGUCUGUCCGAAUACCUGACAUCGAUUUCCAGCAAAUUCAAUGCCUACGUUUCUUUCCACAGCUAUUCUCAACUUUUGAUGUUCCCCUACGGUCACACUACACAGCAUCUGGAUAAUUACAACGACGAACUUCAAAUAGCUAACAAGGCAGUCCAGGCUAUUUCUAAGCGCUAUGGAACCAAAUAUAAGGCCGGGAACGUCGCCGAAACCAUUUACAUCGCAAGCGGAAGCUCAGUGGACUGGGUGAAAGGAACUUUCCAUAAACCUGUCACCUACACGUACGAAUUACGCGACACCGGCCGUCAUGGUUUCUUGCUUCCGGCUGAUCAGAUCGCUCCUACCGCGCUGGAAACCUUGGACUCUUUAGUUGCUAUGUUCAAGGAAGCUAAAGCUCGAGGAUACAAAUAAACGCAAUAAAUAAACUAACAGGUUAAAAUCAAUAACGAUAAGUCAACGUAAUAAAUAAGUUUUACAA